CCUCCCCUGAUGAUGAGCAGGCUGCCGAGCGCGCUGCUCUCCUCCGUGCGUUUUGUUUCCCUCUCACACACAAAGUACCCGAAAAGCACCGAUCCGUUUCCGAGCCAAACCAAGCCAAGCCGAGCCACAGCGUGCGUCUGCGCCCCGCAAACUCAACCACCCCCCGCCUCCACCACCGCCACCACUACCACUCCCACCCUCGCCUUCACCGUCUCCCACCGCCGUCUCUCUGGCAAUGGAUCCGUAAGCAGCCUCUGUGUGCUUAACUGAGCCGAGCGUGUGAACCAGCAGCGGAUCCGCGGAGACAGCUGAGACCAAGCGGCUAUGGAGGAGCAGCGCAGGGAGGCUGGAGUCUAGACUGCACGCAAAUCAACAAGACCCACUCAUCCGGAUUACUUUUUGCAACAUUUUUGAACUCUAGAGUCACUGUUAGAACCGGGGAUUUCGUUUUUAUUUUCUCUGCUGAUCAUCUCCUAUUAUUUGCACGGCGAGGAUGCAGGGGAAGAAGGCGAGCGUGUUUUGCACGGGAUGCUGGAGACUAACGCUGCUGUCGUUCGUCCUGGUUCUGCACUUGAUCCCACUGAGUGUGCACGGAACCACUGUUGGGACCAAUGCCACUGAGGCGGCGAGUGUGGCCAAUGCUACCUCGCUGCUUAACGAGGAGGAGGGGCCUAACAAGGUCAAUGGAGUUAGUGUCUCAGCCAAUCCUGACGCGGUCAGCACUGUGACCCCGAGGGCGGGCCGGUUCCCCCGUGCAGGCGAGGAGGAGGAUCAGAGCAGUGGCAUGUUCGGUGAAUCGGUGGUACCCGCGGUGGAGGAGGUGGGAGUGGCGGCUCCACCUCGGCUCAGCCCUGAUUCUGCUGAGACGGAGCACCUGUUACCCGGCAGCCCACGCGAAUCGGAGGUGUUGGAGGUUGAGGAAGAGGAGGAGGAGGAGGAGGAGCGUCUUCCACACACUGACCCGCCUUGGAUUCACGCCAAGGACACAGCCGUGUUUGACCUGGAUCGCCUCUUCACCACCACUGCCCCUCCUGCCACCAACCCCUCCAACCCUGACAUCCUCCACGUGGACUUUUUCGACCCUUCCUCCCGUGGGCGCAACCUCGACCUGGCCCCACCCUCUCCUUCAUCACUGGCCCAUGAGCUGCAGGCUGGAGAUCCUACCUCCUGGGCAAUGCCGGACAACUACGACUACCUCACCCCCUACGAGGAUGGCGUGUCCCCGACCGCUGACGAGUACACCUACAGCACAACCACCGACGCCUACGAGACGGAUGAAGACCUCCGGCUCGCCGCUGGGUCUCCUGCUCGCUCCAAGCCCAGAGCCCCUGGUUCUGGCUCAUUCAACCCAGGGGCGGCACUUCCUGGUGCAGGGGCUCCAGUUCCAAACAUCCCUGUGGGGGCCCCUCCAGCAACUGCGCCGGUGGACGGGUCAGAUGGGAUGGGCGGAUGCCGCGUCGGCUAUCAGAUGGUCAACGGAAGCUGCCGCUCGCCCUGCGACAUGCUGCCAAACUACUGCUUCAAUAAUGGACAGUGUUACCUGCUGGAGGGCAUGGGAGUCUUCUGCAGAUGUAACGUCCAGGAUUACAUCUGGCACAAGGGUGCUCGCUGUGAGUCCGUGGUGACCGAGUUCCAGGUGAUGUGUCUGGCCGUGGGCGCUUCGGCUCUGGUGGUCCUGCUGCUCUUCAUGAUCAUCGUGUGCUUCGCCAAAAAGCUCCAUGUGCUCAAGACGGAGAACAAGAAGCUGCGCAAACGCAGCAGUAAGUACCGGCCAACAUCGGAGACGCACAAUGAUAAUUUCUCGCUGUCCACCAUCGCUGAGGGCUCCCACCCAAAUGUAAGGAAACUGUGCGACACCCCUCCUAACGUCCCUCAUGCCCGUGCAUUGGCUUACUAUGAUAACAUUAUCUGUCAGAAAACCAUGAGCAGAUACACCUGGGAGUGUAAGACCAAAGAGGAGUCCGACUGUGAGGAUGACCCUAACUCCCAGAACAAGCUGGAGGACCCGGUGAAGGCCCCGCCCAAGGAGGACGACUCCCUCAACAUCCACAACUCUCUGACCCCCAAACACGAGAACCACAAGGUCCUGGGCGAGGAGAACUCCUCGGAGGUAAACUCACUGCAGAACAACAUGAUGUGAAAACACAAAACAAAAAAACGACCCCAGCAACCCCCGGCAACACGACAACGAAAAAAAAACGUCAAGGUGCGCCGGCAACGGAAGCCCCCCUCGAAACCCCUCCACCCCCCCCCCCCCUCCACUCUCUGCUGUUUCGCUGCCGAGUGCGCCUAACCGGUCAACCAACAACCAACAAACCAGCCUGUCAACAAACCAGCCAACCAACCCAGUCUGCAACCGUCUCCGACACGGCAACACUGCCACCGAGCGGCCUCUACCGCUGCAAAAAAACGUACACCACCACCACUACCGCCGCCGCCGCCACCACUGCCCCAGCUGAGAGUAAAACCCUCCACAAGCCUCACCCUGCCGCCGCCCUGCAAACCCCUCCCCUUUCCCGUCUUUAACAUCCAAUCACAUCCCUGUUUCGCAGCCCCGCCCCCUUGUUGCUGUCACUCUACUCUCCCUUAUCUCUCUUCCUUGCACACACACACACACACACACACACAGACACACACAGACACACACAGACACACACACACACACACACACACACACAAGAAGCAUACACAUACAGUGAAAAGAAGAAGACAUGAACACGCUUAUAUGUACACACACACACACACACACACACACACACCUUCCCCUGCCUGCAUUGGUGUAUUUUGUAAAAAGAAAGAAAUCAUUACAGAAGUUUAAAAUGUACGUAAAACGUCAUUGUAAAAAAAAAAAAUAAGAUAAAGCUACUGAAAGGUUUUGAUGUUUGUCUGACUAAUCCAGUGAGUAUGUAUAAAUAUUGGAGAAAAAAAUUUGCUUGGAUUGAUUUAAAAAAAAAAAAAGAAGAAGAAGAAGAAGAAGCAACACAAUGUGUCUUGGUUUUCAUUGAUGUGAUUUCUAAUCCUUUGAUGUACUUGUUUUUUGUUCUUUUUUUGUACUUUUUUGGGACUUCGAACAGAGAAUAAAAACAAAACAAGAUUCAGACAGUUGUUGAAAUAAACCUUUUUAACAUGA